AUGCCGGCAAACACAGCCGGGCGGAUCUCCCGGCACCGGGAGCAGCCGGGGCUGGGGGCGAUGGCUCGCAGCCCCCCGGGGGUCACUCACGUGUCUCCGUCCUCCGAAAGUCCCCGGACCCCGGAGCAGCAGCGGCCAGUGAAGCAGUCUCUCAGCAAGUCCCUGUGCCGAGAGUCCCACUGGAAAUGCCUGCUGCUGUCCCUGCUCAUGUAUGGCUGCAUGGGAGCCAUGACCUGGUGCCACGUCACCAAGGUGACCCGGCUGACCUUUGACAGCGCCUACAAGGGCAAGUCCAUGAUGUACCACGACAGCCCCUGUUCCAACGGCUACGUCUACAUCCCCCUGGCUUUCCUGGUGAUGCUCUACGUGGUGUACCUGGUGGAGUGCUGGCACUGCUACACGCGCAACGAGCUGCAGUACAAGGUGGACGUGGAGAGCGUGCACGAGCGCGUGCAGCGCAUGCAGCAGGCGACGCCCUGCAUCUGGUGGAAGGCCAUCAGCUACCACUACGUGCGCAGGACCCGGCAGGUCACCCGCUACCGCAACGGGGACGCCUACACCACCACCCAGGUGUACCACGAGCGGGUCAACACCCACGUGGCAGAGGCCGAGUUCGAUUAUUCCAACUGCGGGGUUAAGGACAUCUCCAAGGACCUCAUUGACCUGGAGAGCUACCCGGCCACGCGGCUGCGCUUCACCAAGUGUUUCAGCUUUGCCAACGUGGAGUCCGAGAACUCCUAUCUGACCCAGCGGGCUCGCUUCUUCACCGAGAACGAGGGCCUAGACGACUACAUGGAGGCCAGGGAGGGGAUGCACCUCAAAAACGUGGACUUCAAGGAAUACAUGGUGGCCUUUUCCGACCCGGACAACCUGCCUUGGUACGUAUCUCACUACGUGUUCUGGGUGGCAGCUCUGCUGACCCUCUCCUGGCCCCUGCGGGUGCUCAAUGAGUACCGCACCUCCUACGUCCAUUACCACGUGGAAAAACUCUUUGGGUUCGACUACGUGGCGGUGACGCCGGCUGAGGAGCGCUCCUUCUGCCGGAGGAUGCCCCGUGUCAACACGGUGGACAGCACCGAGCUGGAGUGGCACAUCCGGUCCAACCAGCAGCUGGUGCCCAGCUACUCGGAAGCGGUGCUGAUGGACUUGGUGGGGCUCUCCGGCUGCACCAGCUACUCGGCCUGCCGCUACGGGGGCCACCCCCCCCCCUCGGCCUGCCGCUACGGGGGCUACCGGCAGAACUGCGAGCGCUGCCACAGGACUAUAAGCAGCUCGUCCAUCUUCUCCCGCAGCGCUCUGAGCAUCUGCAACGGCAGCCCCAGGAUUCCCUUCAGCAGCAGCCGCUUCUCCCUGGGCCGCUUGUACGGCUCGCGCCGCAGCUGCCUCUGCUGCCUCUGGCGGAGCCGGAGCGGCAGCCUGAACGAGCAGAGCUGCCCCACCGAGCAGACACGCCUCUCCAGCCAGGUGACUGUGGAGGAGGAAGACCCCCCUCCUUACCAGGAUGCCCUCUACUUCCCCGUCCUCAUCGUACACCGCAACGAAGGCUGCCUGAACCACGACCACCGUCACCUCCAUCGCAACGGGUCCUGCGUGGAGACCUCACUGUGAAAGCAGAAGGCGGUGAGAUCUCAUUGUCCAUUGCCUGGCCCAAGCCAGCGCAGGAUUUGGGGAGAGGAGCACAAGGGGGACGGCCCAGGAGGACAUCAGGAUGGAGUGGACAUGGCAUCCUGCUCUGGCAGCCAGCAAAAGCUUCCCCCGCCGUGGCUGUGACCUCCCAGAGGGGUGGGUGCUGAUGCUCCCCCUGACAUGGCACAGAACUCUAGACCGAUCACCACAUGCAAAAAAAAAAUUCAACCAAACCAACUGCAAAACCAUAAUUCAAGGUAUCAAGACCCAAAGGGGGGAAUUAAAUGGCAGGCCUCAUGCAGGGAGGGGGUGGCUGGCUCCAGGCUGGCUCGUGCUCCAAGGAACCAGCAGCCACCAAAAAGCACCCUGCUGCACCUCUGCCCACCCUGCUUCCCACACUGGAGCGAGACCCUCACAGGGUGGAGGAGAGCAGGCCCCUGGAAGCAGGGUGUGUGAGGGAAGGUCAUGGGUACCCAGGCACGUGGAGCUGAGUGGCAGCUGAAAGCCACGAAUCCACCUCUCCCCUUUCCCCCCUGACCAUUCCCCACCCUCCCCACUUUUUUUUUUUAGACCAUGCUUCGACUGUUAAUUUGUUCUCACUGCUGGGAAUGGCAUUGCCUCCAGAGGAUCCCAGGCUCAGCUCCUUAGGAAGCUUCGGUGUGCCAGCUGUGAGUCAGCAUCCCCUUGGUAAAGGGUUUUGUGUUUGGGCAUACAGCACCGGGCAAGGGAUGAAUGUGCAAAUCCAGAUGGAGCAGAGAUCUGCAGCGCUGCUGGUGUGUUUGCUGGAGGAGGGCUCAGCUGGGAAGAGAAAACAGGAGGCCCCUGGUGAGCUGGGGAAGGGGAAGAGGAUGGCAGUGGGACAGACAUCGUGGUAUCAGGUGGCACGUCAUGUGGCUGGGGACCCUUCCUGGCUUUGAAGUGAGUCCUACUUGGUUCAGCCAAGCAUCAAGGAAGUCUCUGCUGCUCUGCCAAGGGGAACAUUAUGCCCAUGGAUGUGAUCUCGUCAACUCCCUCAAAAGCAAGCUAACAAGCAAAUUGACUUCCACAGCACCUCCACAGCACUGGGACAGGAGCCUUCUCCCACAGGACCAUAGCCUUUCUGCCUCUGAGGUAAAAGAGGUCCCAAGGACAGAACUGAACCUGCAAGACCCAUGGCCUCGUGGCCUGCCCUUCCUCCUUCCCUCCUUACCUCAUGUCUCUCUUGGGGGAGGGACAGUCUCCCUGUGGAGUUCAACAAGCUCCUCUUCCUGCAGCUCGUAAACAGGCUCUACUAACAGGUAUCAUCACCUAUGCAACUCUUCCAGAAGCUGCCAGAUUUUCAGGAGCCCAUUACAAUGUGCAGCAUGGCCAUCCAGCACUGAGAAUAAGCACAGUGGCUGCUGGAAAGCUCAGUGGGUUUUAUUCCUCCCCCAUUCCCCAGGAAGACUCUUUUUGUUGGGCCAUUUUGUUUGUUUGUUUGUUUGUUUGUUUGUUUGUUUUUUGUAAACUUCAUAUGGGGGAAAUGAAGCUUGUGAGAAACUGGUGCCCAUCCUGAACCCUCCCCAGUCCUUUGAACUCUGUGAAUGGAUGGAUCACCUACUGUGAUUAUAAUUUAGUGGAUUUUGUAGAACAAAAUAACUUCACACACAGACACAUGAGGUUCUUUCACUCUCCAUCAGCACAAGCUGCUUCUGCAAUCUUAGCUACUCACUUUAGUGAAAGAAAAAGCCUAGCUAGAAUGUGGUGAGAUGACGUAGUACUUUGUGUCAGUCCCAUGGUCCCAACGUCCAUUAGCAGCGCCAUCAGACAUGAAUUCAGGCUUUGGAUGGCAGCCCAUGAACCAGUCAGGGUGAAAGUUUGGAAAAUCCCAAGCCUGAGUCUAUGCACAUUUGCAGAUGCAGAUGCAGAGGGAGGAUCAGCUGAGAGCAGCCACCAUCUCCUGCUGGGUUCUGGCAGAAGCUGGUGGCUCUGUUGGUGCUGCACCUGCCUCCAGGAAGAGCCUGUCCCCAGGGGCCAAGCAGAGGAGAGCAGGAGUAGCAGUGUCUGAUGGAGCAGCACUGCUCAGCUGGCUGGGGAAACAGUGGUGACGAACCCAGAAUAACAGGAUUUCACCUUGGAAAUGCCAACGGCUUUUUCAAACUGAAAUGCAACUAGAAGGCCUUAACAACUGUGAGAAGUGUUUGACAUUGCUGUUCCUUGCUUAAAAAAACAACAAGAAAAAAAAAAGAUUCUGGGUGAUGAUGUGGGUUUAAACUCUCCACUCCUUCCACCUCUGUUAGUAAUGUGCUGUGCUGGUGGAGAAGGAAUGCCCAAGGCAGAUCAGGAUGGUGGCCCUGUGGCUUUGCCAGUGGGAUAGGUUGAUCAGGAAUGGAGGCCAGAGUUUAAAAUCUUUCUCUGAAGGUGUGACAUGGCCGUGCUCAUGCACAGCUGGAUCUGUGGCCCUACAGAGGGUUGAUGUGUUUGUGGCUUUGGUGUGGUGACACCCAUCCACCCUUGCAGCAAGGGCUUUUCAGGGUGACAGAGCAUUGCUUGUUCCUCGUGAGAGGAAGCUCCUGACCUGGUUUCUGUGAGGGGAUGGUGUGAAGUGUCACAUUUGCUGCAGCGAGUGGCGGGGAGCAGGGAUAAAAGCAUGGAGCAAGCUGUGUUUGAGAACAAGCUAAUCCAUUGCUGGCUGCCUGGAACUGGAGAGCUGCUGGAUCUGCUCCCUGGACAAUGCUUUCCAGCUCUUCUCUCUCCCCAAACCUGAUGUGCAAACUGUCAUUCCUCUGAGCUAGCCAGAGCACUCCCCUCCCCUGAACUCCUCCGAGGCCGUGCAUUCCCAUCAUGUUGGUCCUCUCCCUGCUGGGUGCCAUGGCCAGCCAUGAAAUGCCAGCAGAUGCAUGAUGGCCACAGGCAUGCUGGUGGCCAGACCUCACCUUACCCUGCCUGUGCACAGCCUCCCAGCAGUGCUCCCUGCCCUGGCCUGCCCGCUGCUUGCUUGCUGCAGAGCAACCACAGCACACCCUGGCAUCACUCUGUGCUUUCCCAGAGAAUUUCACAGCACUUGUCCUAAGUUAGAAAACAGAAGGCCUUGAUGUUUUGGUGGUCCUGGUCUCCAGACCAGGGAUGAGAGGAGAGGCAGGUCAGCUGUUGUGGCGGUGCGGGAUCAGGGAACAGCACCGUGGUGAAAGCAGCACGUCUGCUGGAGAAGUCUCCAGACAUGGGCUCUGUGCUUCCCACUGGGGCUGAGGGCAGAUGACAAAGGACAGAAUAGGAUGUGAAUGCUCAGCAAGACAAGGGAGGAUGAGAGCUGGUUGAGAACAGCUGUAAAAGCCUUUGCAAAGGUGGUGGUUUUUAGGGGAGACAGAGGGCAAAAUGGGGCAGGAGGAUGCAGUGCUGCAGCAAUGGUGCUGCAAGGCAGGGAGGGUGGGGGGAAAUGGAGCAGGGAAUUUGAUAGAGAAGCUCAGGAACACAGUGGGCUUUCAAAGCAAUCUGUGCAUGCUCUGGCUGAGGAGAAAGGCAGGAGGUAUUCCUGAGCUGAGGUGCCCAGGCCAUGUCUUGCUGCUUUGUUGGAGCAGCAAUGUCUCCUCCAAGCCCAGCACCGACAGCUUGAGCACGUGUCAUCAACCACAGUGGCUAAUGCAGCCACAAGGUGUAAAUGUCACUAAUGAAUAAAUUGCCUUGUGCCUUGGAGAGGCUAAUCCAUCACGGCCAGAGACAGGGAUCUGACAAGCCUGGCUAUUUCAGGCAUACCCUGUAGGGAGGAGGAACACUUCGUUUCUGAGCCGUCCAGAAAUGUCUCCACCUAGGGAAGUUGAUGCAGGGCUUGGCUCUGUGCCACUUCCCAUCUUCCCAGCCACAUGAGCUGCAACUGAAGAAGCAUGAAAGGAUCUAGAUUAGCCAAAAGUGCCCUGUCAGCAGAGUGGUACAUGGGGUAGCUGGUGUUUGAGUUUGGAGGGAAGCUGCUGGACACAGGGCAUGGGUGAUGGAAUACAGUGGUGGUCCCCAGUGAUUGGGAGAGCUUGUGCUAGUUGUCUGGGUCUGUUUCAGGCCAGGAGAGCUUGGCAGUAUCUUUUAGAAGUGUGCCGUUUCCUCCUCACCCCACUGUGCUGUCCCAGAAGCAGUGCACAGGACCCCCAUUUUCAGGACCCCCUGUGCUGUUGAACCCCAGCCACCAACACCUUGGCAGGUGCAGAGGGCCAGCAGGUACCAAAUAGGCCGGGACAGCUCAGCCUAGACAAAUCCAGCUCCAUAGGAGCAAAGGGAGGCUGAACACAGCAACCAUUUCUCUGCACAGCCUCUGCUCAUCGUUGUGGCAGCCCGCUCCUCCUCCCCAAGUCAGUGCCACCCUUUUUGUGACAUAUGCCAGUGUGACACCUUGCAAAUCGAUGCCUGUGUCUCUGAGCAGGAACUGCCAGGCUUGGGAAGCUGGCCACUGUCUCCUGCUGCCGUGCUCUCUGCUCAGAGCAGCGGGAGCUGGGCUCGCCAUCUGCUGCGGGAGGGAGCCAGCCGGGUGUCCCUGCUCCGGCCCGAGGGGACACCGCCAGCACAGCCCCAGAGCAAGCCCUCGUGGCAUUCCCCCUUCUUUUCCUUCUCACCAUCUCUGGCACAGACCCAGG